AUCCCCCCCAAUUUCGAUUCAGCCGCAUACACGCACCUCAAAACGACAAAAUCUAUCGAGAUAAAAGUCACCUUCGUCAGCCCUUUUUGCAUGAUGCUUUGUCUCGGCUAUGGACACUUCGUCGCUAGGGGCACGAAAUCUCAUGACGCUUGCAAGAAAACUGCGUCAGAAGAGUACCUUGGUAUCAAAGCCUUUUGGCUCCACACAAGGUGCCCCAACUGCAGGGAACAAAUCACGAUCGAGACCCCGCAAUCACCGGAUUGUGAGGUGAAUGAGAAAGCGGACCAGAGACUGCAUCGUCUUGAAAGCGAGACGAGCGAAGAAGUCGAUGAUUCAGGGAUCGAGACGUUGGAAAGCAAGCAGGAAGAUGCGAUGAAGGAGAUGGCUGUUGCAGAUGCGUUGGGCGAGAUUCUCGCAGCCAACGCUGGAAGAGAGGGCAUGCAAGUC